GUGUAGUGAGGAUAGCCUUGGAAAGACGUUCGACACGGGGAAGGACUACCUGGGAUCCGGGAUCAUGAAGACGUGCGGUGGGAAUAAAGCCUGCGUUGCGCUUUAUGAUAAAGGCUGUGACGGUGGCUUUAGAGUUUGCAGGGACUUGGAGCUGCUACCGGAAGAGGGCUCCUGUGUCUAUGUGAAAACGGAGAUUGGCGAGGGAAUGCCCUGUGAUGGCAAGAUCUUUGAGGGCAUGAAGUGCAACAGACAGAAUUGCCCGAUCGACUGCGAGUACAGGGCCUGGUCUGAUUGGGGUGCUUGCACCUCGGAGUGCCCUGGCACUCGGGAAAGGUCCCGAAGGGUCAAGAAGCGUCCGAUGUAUGGAGGGCUUCCCUGCAACAGCACGACGCAAGCUGAGGAAUGCAGCAACGUGUGCGUGGACUGUGAGUGGUCCGACUGGACGGCAUGGAGGAACUGCUCUGCAAGCUGCGGCGGUGGGAUGCAAGAACGUGGCAGGGAAAUCGCGGUCGAGGUUGAAGGCUUCGGGAAGAACUGCAGUGGAGAUGCCGAGGAGAGGAAGCAAUGCAAUACGCAGGACUGCCCAGUGGAUUGUGAGACAAGCGACUGGAGCAACUGGAGCGGCUGCGAACCUUUUUGCCAGGGACUGCAAAAUCAGACUCGGACAGUCACACUGCAGGCUGCUCAUGGUGGCAUGCCGUGCGGUCCCCUUUUUCAUUCGAGACCGUGCAACAACACUUGCUUGGACUGUUUGUGGUCAAACUGGACUGAGUGGGAUCAGUGCUCGGUCUCCUGCGGUGGUGGAGUUCAGUCUC